UCCAAAGACUCUGAUUUUUGUGUAAGUGUGGCUGUUUUUCAUGUAAAUUGAGCCUGAGCCCUCACAAAGUGGUACCAAGAAGAUAAAAACUAGUGCUGGACCUACAAGGUGGCACCAAGGAGAUAAAAACUAGUGCUGGAAUGACAGAUCCUGCCAACCCUCCUUCCCUAUAGAGUCUCAGAGUUAUAAAGUUCUCAAGACACGAAGCUUCGAGCACUGUGUGGUGUUGAUUUCACCACACACCCUCAACCCCAGGAGGAUGAAGGAUGAAGGAUGGCCUGCCUGGAGCAGGAGGACGGCUGCCUGCUGCCUCCAUGCCUUCCUCCUUCCCUUGCAGCCGUUCUGUGAGGCUCAGCUCUCCAUCCCUGUGAGGAUUUUGGCGGUCUUUCCCCAUCCGAAGCUCCUCGAGGUGCCGCCAGGGGACGCCAUUGUUCCUCGGAGCUCUCCCGGCUGGCCGGGAGCUCCGGUUGCCCUGGCGGCGGCUGGGCGCUGAGUGUGGGCUGGGCUCUGAACGAACGCGGCCCACAGCAGAACCGAAGGGCCGGGAGCGGCGGGGAGAGGGGCAACAGCGUUGUAUCUGAUAUCCAGCAGAAGUACAUCAAAAAACAUGGAAGAGAAGAACGUGCAACCAGAAGAGCAAAGUGCAGAAGCAGUUUUCCAGGAAACCCUACUAGAAUACCUAAUUGAUAAAAAAGAAACAGCGAUUGAUAAGGCUUUGUCUGAUUUGAAAAAAGUGGAAAAACAGAACAAAGAAUACAAUGAAAGAAAUGACAAACUGAAGGAGGAACAGCAGGCACAAAUCAAGCGUUUAAUAAGAAGAAUAGAAGAAAAGGAGAAAGAAAGAGAUGCAAAGGAGGUUGUAACUAGGGAUGAUGUGGAAGCAUCACUGAAAGAAAACUGGCAAUAUGUUAAGGACAAAGAACAAAUUCUGAAAGAUGUGCGACUCCAAACAGAAGAAACUGACCAACGACUUUCAGUAAAGCAGAGUGAGAGGGAUUAUUGGUUGGAGUACAAAAAUGUAGGAAGUAAAACGGAUGCCAACAUGAUUAAGAGUCUGAAAAAAGACAUCAAGGAAGUCAAAGAUGAGUUUCAGAGGGUUGCAGGAUAUUACAGAAAUGCUUUGAAAGAAAUGAAAGAAGAGAAUGAUAACCUGGUUGAGAUGCACGUGAAGAAAAAUAAGGAACAGGCCCCGGAGAACGCUGUAAGAUACUUAGACAAAAGCAGCUGCAAAGAAGUUGAAGAGAACGUGUGGCUAAAGGAAGAGGUUAAACUGUACCGAAAGAAAGUGAGUGAUCUGAAAGCCUCUGUUAGGCUCCUGGAAGAAGAAAAUAUCAGUUUAGUGAGAAAACUGAUGGAUAAGAGAAUUCAGAACCUCAGAGUACCCAGGCAUUUGUUUCUUGGUCAGGCAGCUGGCCUGCAAGAUGGAUCUCUCCAGGAUGAAAUUAAAGCGGAAGAGCAUAGGGAGCACUCAGCCAAGACUGAUGGAAAGGAAACCCUCAGGAGAGCCAUAGUCCCCUGUCAGAAAACAAAGGCCUUUCCAAAGGUUCAGCACAAAACAGAGAUUGUGAAAUCAUGGGACGGUGAUGAAGAGCUGCAAGAAACAUCAUUGACUCCCAUUCUUAACAGCUUGUUUGAAAUUGAAAGAGAUUUCCAGGAAUACCUAAAACUGGGUCCUCUGGUGUCAGACCCAGUGUAUGUGGUUGGAAGAUCCAUGCCUAUUCAUACAGAAGAAGAAACAUCAAGCAAGAGCCGCCUAGAGGGAGACUAUUCUGGUGAACGCAACAGACACAUCACACUGCAGAUGAUCAAGGCCUUAUCUGAAGACAAGCAGGUGUCUCCUCGAGCCGAAAGUGCCUGGAACUGACUGCCAUCUCCUCAGCAACCUGGCUCUCAAAGAAGCAUAGGAACACAGGAGGAGCCUUCGUCUCAGACUGAAUCUCCCUUGCAUUGCCCAGUGAACACUUAAAUAAGUUUGGAUGUGUCUCUGCUGUAA